UCAGUCACCGUAGGCCGAUUGACUACUGACUCUUUCCAUAUAAACUCUCUCGGGGUUCAAGAAGUUUUUAUAUAUUGGAGUUUCGAACAGAUUAAUUGGAAUUCUAUUCCUCUCAAUUGUUUUUAACUUUUCCCCUCCACUACAGCAAUGGAUUUUCAAGAAUUGAAGGGCCGCCAAAGCAACGUCGCUCUGGGGAUUGCGAAGCGGUUAUUGCAGGACGAAGAAGGCAAAAACUCGAACCUGGUUUUCUCGCCGCUGUCGAUCCAAACGUUGCUGAGCCUGGUCGCGGCGGGGGCCAAGGGCAGCACCCUGGACCAGCUUCUCUCGUUCCUCAGUGCCGAGUCUAUUGACCAGCUCAACGCCUUCGCUUCCCUGCUCGUACCCUUGGUUUCGGCCGACGGCAGUCCCAGCGGUGGGCCGCGCUUGUCCUUCGCCAAUGGGCUUUGGCUCGACAAGUCCGCGUCUCUCAGGCCCUCUUUCAAACAGGUCGUGGACACUGUUUAUAAGGCCACUCUUGCUCAGGUUGAUUUUCGGACCAAGGCUGAGGAAGUGACGAGUGAAGUCAAUUCUUGGGUUGAAAAGAAGACUAAUGGGCUUAUCAAAGAGGUUCUUUCUCCUAGGUCUGUUAACUGCAAUACCUUGCUCAUCCUUGCAAAUGCACUCUACUUCAAAGGAGCUUGGGAGGAGAAGUUUGACGCAUCAAAAACGAAAGAAGAUGAUUUCCACCUUCUUAAUGGGAGCUUGGUUCAAGUGCCGUUCAUGACUAGCCAGAACAGGCAGCUUGUUAGUGCCUUUGAUGGUUUCAAAGUCCUUAGACUACCUUACAAGCGAGGUAAGGUCCUUGAGGAUAAGUGCCACUUUUCCAUGUACUUGUUUCUUCCAGAUUCAAAAGAUGGGUUGUCAGCUCUGGUAGAGAAAGUGGGUUCUGAAUCUGGGUUCUUGGAUCGCCACAUCCCUCACAAAAAGAAGAGAGUGGGCGACUUCAUGAUCCCAAGGUUUAAUAUAUCUUUUGGGUUCAACGCUUCAAACGUUUUAAAGGGACUAGGAUUGGUGUUGCCUUUCUCUAGUACGGAAGCAGAUCUAACAGAAAUGGUAGGACGUCGGGACUUCUAUGUUUCAAGUAUAUUUCAUAAAUCCUAUAUUGAAGUUAACGAAGAAGGCACAGAAGCUGCAAGUUCUGUCGCAGCAAUGAUGGGAAGAUGCAGCCGCCGCAUCCUUAAAGAAGAUAAGAUAGACUUUGUGGCUGAUCACCCAUUUUUGUUCCUGAUUAGAGAACAUACCACUGGGACGGUACUGUUCAUUGGACAUGUGUUCAAUCCUCUUGAAGGCAGCGCCAGCUCAUUGCCUUCCAAGUGAAAGACAAAGAAAAGAUCUCCUGAAGAAGAAGAAUGCUUCACAUAUUAGAAAAUAACUAAAUUGUGGGUGCAUUUUUUUCUUUUCCUAGUGUAGGAGUCUUGAAACUUUGUAGCUUCUAUUCUCUAUAUGACAGUUUUAUAAUUAAGUUGUUAGUUUUUGGGAGAUUUA